AUUCUUGUUCUUCUUCUGCGUUUAGAGAGAGAGAGAGAGAGAGUGUAGAGAGAGAAACAUCAAUUAUGUCGGACGAAGAGCACCACUUCGAUUCUCAAGCGGACGCUGGAGCCUCAAAGACGUACCCUCAGCAAGCUGGUACCAUUCGGAAGAAUGGUUACAUCGUCAUCAAGUCCAGGCCUUGCAAGGUUGUAGAAGUUUCAACAUCAAAAACAGGCAAGCAUGGACAUGCAAAGUGCCACUUUGUUGCAAUUGAUAUUUUCAAUGGGAAAAAGCUUGAAGAUAUUGUUCCUUCAUCCCACAACUGUGAUGUUCCGCAUGUGAAUCGCACGGACUAUCAACUGAUUGAUAUCUCUGAAGAUGGUUUUGUGAGUCUGUUGACUGAUAAUGGAAAUACCAAGGAUGAUCUGAAGCUUCCUACUGAUGAGGCGCUGCUUGCUCAGAUUAAAGAUGGAUUUGCUGAAGGAAAAGAUCUUGUUGUUUCUGUCAUGUCUGCAAUGGGAGAAGAACAGAUUUCUUCCCUGAAGGACAUCGGUCCUAAAAAUUAAAGCAAUUCUAUGAAAUACUUUUUAUUUUUAUGUUGCUAACAAGUAGUACUUUUUCUGAUGCAUGUGUGCACAAUAAACUUUAUAAGAUGAAAAUUAGCUUGUGCUUGAAACUCAAAGCUUGGGAUAGGGAAAAUCGAAACAAGUUUAGCUUUUGUCCCUUAAUCAAGGAAUUCUACUGUAUUGGCUUGAUAAAAUUCUCAUAAAUGUCUCAUAUCUUUACGUUUUUGUUGAGUUUAAUAUUGAGCCCU